AUGGCCAAAAUAAACUUUUCGCUAAUGAAAGUGAUUAACAUUUAUUUUGCUGGAAUCCAAAAGAGUGAUGGUUUAAAUGGAAGCUGCGACAUUCGCCUAUUCGACAUAAAAUUCGUCAAAGUCGAAUCAUCAUCAGUCGAUGGAGAGUCUUCGUCGGGCGGCUUCAUGGUGACACUCGUCAUCUUCAUCGUACUCUCCGUACUCAUCUACAUCCUCUACCAUAACAGGAAGAAGGUGAUCGGUUAUAUAGUGGAAGGACGAAGGAAAGAGACAGGAAGAAGAAGGAAGACAGAUGUGCAGUACCAGCAGCUGUCCACGAGCGCUGAUGAUGUGCUUCAGAAGUCAUCCGCAAAUGCCGGUACUUCCAAGGAGUAUAUUUAUUAA